AUGUCCCUAGAUAGUGAAGCAGAUGAAGGCAUUGGGUCUGGAGGGGAAGAAAAAGCAGCAGCAGCACCAUAUGCUGCGGGGUUUAUUGACCAAGGUUCAGUGUUCGGUCACUCGUUGGUGCAGAACGAAGUGCUGAUGCUCUCCGAAGAAGGCGAAGAGAGUACGUACUUCCUGAAGGACAAUUACGGGAACGCCACACCGCUGCUCGAGAACGGAAUCGCGGCUCUGCUUCUCGGCGUCGCAGGGCAGCACACCCAGUCUUUCGAUCGACAUUUUGCAGACGGCGUUCGGAAUUACCUCUUGAAACUCUCCUCGAACGAUUUCGGCAUGGAUCUCGUGUCCGUCAGCGUUCAGCGCGGCCGAGAUCACGGCAUCCUCGGGUACAACGAAUACAGGGCGUUUUGCGGGACGGAGAAACUCAAGGAUUGGGAUUCCAGGCCGGAGGAAUUCUCCCAGAAGAAAUGGGACAUCGUUCGGAGCCUCUACACGUCUGACCCUCUCGCGAUCUCUCUCCUCUCGGACCCGGACGACAUGGACAUCUACAGCGCGGGUUUCCUGGAACCACCGGUGGCGAGCGACGCCUUGAUCGGCAGGACCCUCGCCUGCUACGUGGCCGAGGGCUUCCGUCGUCUCAAGUACGGUGAUCGCUUCUUCUUCACGCACGCCGGGCUCCCGAACAGCUUCACUCCCGAGCAGGUCCAGGUCAUCGCGAACAGAAAGCUGGGAGACGUCAUCUGUGACAAUUCCGUGGCCACUUCCCUUCAACCGUUGGUCAUGCGCCCUGCCGGAGCCGGGUAA